AUGGCGAGCAAAGCUAAGAACAACUCCUCCAACGCCAAGGUGUACCUGGAAGAUUACCUCCUUCUCCUUCACUCCCGCUCCCACCUCAACCUCACCGUCACCCAUCUCAACCAGAAGCUUCUGAGCGACGCCGUGAACUCACUGGACCUGGUGAACCCGUGCCGCUCUACUCUCCACGACUACAUCUCGCCGCUGGUGACGGUGAAGACGGAGGACGUCAUGGCUGACCUCAGCGACCUCAACUGGCAAGAGUGCCACAUCACCUCCAUCGAAACCCUCAGCCGUUCAUGGAACAACGUGAACCAGUACCAGUCUCUUCCUCCCCGAAACGACGCCGUCAAGUUCCAACAGUACUCGCCGCCCCCCGCUCCGGAUUCCGUCGCCCACAGCGUGGUCGUUAAAGCUCCCUUUCCGGCCAAGAGGAGAUCGGCGCGGAAGAGGAGGCGCACUGCGAAAGUGGCAGAUCUCGUAAAUAUCUCUUUUCCCUGA